AGUGGGGGUGUGUCGGGAGAGAGAUCGAAGGGGAGAGAGAAAGAGAUAAACGUGGAAAGACCAGGCUGACUCAGGACCCAAUACCCGACUGGUCUUUCUCUCUCGACUCUCGCACACAACCUUUCGCGUCGUGAGCCGAGGGAAGGACAAUCAACCGAACAAGCGAACGGAAAGCGCUAGUGCAAGUCACCACUGUUGGGCAAUGAAGGCAGCAGGGAAGGUCCUGCUGUUGGAAGGUCCGGCGCAGCCAGACUGGACCGGCGGGCUGAAGCACGGCGAGCCCAUCGAUGCCUUGCCUUACAUCGACGACGAGUAUGGCGAUCUUGGAGUAAAGGCGGAGGUGGAUCGUCUAGUCGAGGAGGAGAUGAGAAGGAGCCUAAGAAAACCCUCAGACUUCCUCCGGGGCCUCCCCCCAGCCCCAAAGCUUAACUUUGAGAACCACCCUUUGAUUGCUAGGGAAUACGAGCGCGUGAGGGCCGGAAAGCCGCCGGCGCUUCUGGACAUGGCACGGUACGGGCUGGAGCCACCGCACCCUGCACGGAAGCAUGAUGUGGAUGCCUGGAAAAACGCUUUGAGGAACGCCCAGACCCAGAUUCAGCAUCAGACAAUGAGACUUGAGAACCUGGACUUGAUGCUGAAGCAUGAAGUGAAUGUCUGGAAGCUUCACAACCAACGUUUGGAAGCUUUCUUGGCAAGGAUGCAAGCUAAUGUUCGGGAAUACUGUGAAAAGAUUGAAACUGUGAAUCGUGAAAGAAAGUUCCACCAGCAAAAGACAGCUUUGGAGCUGAAUGCACUGGACAUUCAAUGGAAGGAGCUCUGCCAAAAAAACAUAGAGAUACAAGCUGCAUGUGCCGAGUUAGAAAACCAAAUUGAAGCAAUCCAGAAAGAAGCUUCUGAGAGGGGCCUGAAGUUGGAGCAAGAUGAGGACAGUGCGUCAAUGCUGCAUUGAGGAUUAUAGUUUCAGGAAGUUGUGCAGCCUAUUUGUAUUAUGUGGUUAGGUCCGUGCAUCGUUAUUCUGUCAUUUGCCUUUGUGCAUGCUGGCACCUAUGUGAUGCCACUUGCCACUAGGAGAAUGCAACUUGGGUUGUAUUCAUAGGAGGAGGCUCACAUAUACAAUUACCUUGUACAAGCACUUUUGAAAGUUGAGCUCACAGAUUGGUAUGCAGACAGAGCUAUAAUUGGCCGCUAUAGCUAAACUUGGUUUGAUCUUUGGCAAUUCACGCUUUUCCUUUUGGAUA